AUUUGAAUUUGUUAUAUGUACAUUGAUAUUUAUUAUGUUUUUUCUAUUACCUAUUUUACGAUUGCCUAAAGUUACAAGAAAUAUUAUUUCUGUACAAUAUGCAACGCAAUCUAAAUCUUUUUUUGAAAAAAAGAAAAUAAAAGGAACCCGCCAAAAAAUAGAAAUACCAGUUGAAGAAGAUGUUAAUAAGUUAUUAAAUUAUGUAUGUGGAUUAAAUAUUUAUAAAGAUGGAGAAGACAUAAAGCUAAAGCCAGAUUCUGAAUAUCCUGAAUGGUUAUGGAAUAUCAGAAUUGAAAAAUUACAAUUAUCAGAUUUAAAUCCUAAUACAAAACAAUAUUGGAGAUUUGUUCGCAAACAAGCACUAAUAAGAAAAAAUGAAAUGCGUAAAUAUAAAAAACCAAAAAAUUAAAAAUUGUAUUCCAAAUCUCAAAUAUUUUAUUAUUCUUCUUUAU